UAGAAAUACAUUCUUAAACUUUAAAUUAAAAUACAAUUUAAUUUUUAAAUUUUAAAAUAGAUCAAUUACACCAUUAAAAGUUUGAAAAACAAAAUAAUAACAUUCUUAAACCACUUCUGAUUUUCUGAAAGACAUUCUUUCAAGGACUAUACUUCAUGACGCAUUCCGUUCAUUAAAACAGACAUUUAAUCGCACAAACGUCGCCGUUUUGCUUACAACGAUUUAUUCUCCACCGUCGUCUCUGUUACUGAUCUCUCUUAGCGGCCUCGACCCCGAAACCAAAAAGAAAAAGAAAAAAGAAAAAAUAAAAAUGGCACCAAAGAAGAAGCAAAAUAACAAUAACAAGAAAAAACCUCAAUCAUCAACGUCAUCGUCGUCAGGUCCAAGGCUACAGAUUUCAGCGGAGAACGAGAACCGUUUACGGCGGCUCUUGCUCAACUCGAAUCGGUCCACUCAACCGACUCCUCCGGUUCAAGAGAAUCUCUCUAAAGCUCAAAAGGCUAAGAGACUUAAAAAUGUGUACGAGAAGUUAUCCUGUGAAGGUUUCUCUAAUGAUCAAAUUGAACUCGCUCUUACUUCACUUAAGGAUAAUGCUACGUUUGAGUCUGCUUUAGAUUGGUUAUGCUUUAAUCUACCUGGAAAUGAGCUUCCUGUGAAGUUUUCUAGUGGGACUUCUCUGUAUGCAAGUGAAGGUUCUGUUAGUGUUGUAUCAACUGCGCGGGAAGAUAGGACUCCUACAGUCAAUGCUGCUAAUACCGAAGAGGAUGUGCAAGUGCAAGCAGCUUUUGUUAGGAUCAAGGGGCGGCGGGAUGAUGAUGAUGAUAAUGACACUAGUUUACGCCAACCAUCAUCACAAGCAGAUUGGAUUAGGCAAUAUAUGGAGCAACAGGAAGAGGAAGAAUCUGAAACUUGGGAAGAUUAUGCAGUUGAUGGAAGUUUUACUGACAAGGUUCCUGUACCACGGUCUUACGACGCUAUUGCUAAAGAGUACUAUGCAGCACGACUGGAAGCUGUAAAAGCCAAAGAAAAAGGGGACAAGAGAAGUCAGGAACAAUCUGGUCAUAUUAUUCGCAAACUCAAGCAAGAAUUGUCUUCUCUAGGAUUAUCAGAUGACGUAUUGGCACAAGAGUUUGUCCAUGAGCACACUUCUGCUUUUGUGCCAGAAGGCAUAUCUACAAGUUCCAUGCCUCACGAGCAACUUCUGGCAAAAACAUCAUCUGAUGCAGAAAGCAACUUGGUCUUUGUCUUGCCCUCAGAGGAAUUACCAGCAGAUCCAAAUGAUAUGGAGAGCCCAAGUUAUAUGGAGUUUCCGGUUGAACUUGCUCCUUCUAGUGUACCUGUUCAGGGGAAAAUUGACUUAGAAGAUGAGACUGCAGAUAUGGAGCUUGGAGGUUUCUUUAUGGAAGAUGCUACAUCUAAUGAAGCUUUACCUCCUGAAGUGCUGGAAUUACAGAAGAAGGAAAAAAUGAAAAAAUUAUCUAGUGAGAAGAAUUUAGAGAAAUUAGAUGGGAUCUGGAAAAAGGGGGACCCAAAGAAGAUUCCUAAGGCUGUCCUUCACCAACUAUGUCAAAAAUCAGGGUGGGAAGCUCCAAAAUUCAAAAAGGUGCAUGAAAGGAGAAAAGGUUUCUCUUAUUCUGUUAGCAUAUUACGCAAAGCCAGCGGGAGGGGCAAGAGCAGAAAAGCUGGAGGAUUGAUCACACUUCAGCUUCCUGACCAAGAUGAAACCUAUGAAUCUGCUGAGGACGCUCAGAACAGAAUUGCAGCAUUUGCUCUUCAUCAACUGUUUCCUGAUUUACCAGUACACCUAAUAGUUUCCGACCCCUACGACUCUCUUAUUUUGCAGUGGAAAGAAGGGGAGUCAUCAAGCAAAGUGGAAAACACUGUAGAUGACCGAAGGGCUGGUUUUGUGGAUUGGUUAUUGAAUGCAGAUGAAUCAACUGCCACCAAUCAUGCUACAAAUAGGCUUUCAGAAACAGCACAAAACUCUCAAGUUGAAGAAACUAAGAAUUUAAGUGAUGCUGUUGCCGUUCCAGUAACACAAGGCGAGAACUAUACCACGGAUGUGGAAAAUUCUUAUUUGAGACAGGAGCAAGAGAAGAAAAAGAACGUGCUGAAAUACAGGGAAAUAUUGAAAACUAGAGGUGCUCUUCCUAUUGCUGGAUUAAAGAAUGAGAUAUUGCAAAUGCUGAAGGAGAAUAAUUGUCUUGUUGUUUGUGGGGAGACAGGCUCUGGCAAAACUACUCAGGUUCCACAAUUUAUAUUGGAUGACAUGAUUGAAUCAGGACGUGGUGGACAGUGUAACAUUAUAUGCACGCAACCGAGGAGAAUAGCGGCUAUUUCUGUGGCUGAAAGAGUUGCUUAUGAACGAUAUGAACCUCCGCCUGGUUCCGGUGGCUCUUUGGUUGGUUAUCAAGUUCGUCUUGAUAGUGCAAGGAAUGAGAGAACAAAGCUUCUGUUUUGUACAACAGGGAUUCUUUUGAGGAGGCUUGCGGGGGAUAGAAACUUGAGUGGCAUUACCCAUGUCAUAGUUGAUGAGGUGCAUGAACGGUCUCUUUUGGGUGAUUUUCUACUCAUUGUUUUGAAGAGCCUGCUAGAGAAGCAAUCUGAUCAGGGCACACCAAAGCUGAAAGUUAUUCUUAUGUCUGCAACUGUUGAUUCAACUUUAUUUUCAAAUUACUUUGGACACUGUCCUGUUCUUUCUGCACAAGGCCGCACACAUCCUGUGACAACUUACUUUCUUGAGGAUAUAUAUGAAAGUAUUGACUAUCAUUUGGCUUCAGAUUCUCCAGCUGCUUUAGGGUUGCAAACAUCCACCAUUGCUAAGAGUGGUCCAGUGAAUGACCGUAGAGGAAAGAAGAAUCUUGUCUUGUCUGGAUGGGGUGAUGAUUCUCUACUUUCAGAAGAGAUUAUCAAUCCGCAUUUUGUUUCAAGCAAUUACCAAUCAUACAGCGAGCAAACACAAAAGAAUUUGAAAAGAUUAGAUGAAGAUAUCAUUGAUUAUGAUCUCCUAGAGGACUUGAUUUUCCAUGUCGAUCAAACAUAUGGUGAAGGAGCCAUACUUGUUUUUUUGCCUGGUAUGUCGGAAAUUCACAUGCUACUUGACAGGUUAGUAGCUUCUUAUCGAUUUGGGGGACCAUCAUCAAAUUGGGUGCUCCCUUUGCAUUCAUCUAUAGCAUCAACAGAUCAAAAAAAGGUGUUUUUACGGCCUCCUGAAAAUAUACGUAAGGUUAUUAUAGCGACAAACAUAGCAGAGACGAGCAUAACAAUAGAUGAUGUAGUUUAUGUGAUUGAUUGUGGAAAGCAUAAGGAAAAUCGCUAUAAUCCACAAAAGAAAUUAACAAGCAUGGUUGAAGAUUGGAUAUCUCAAGCAAAUGCAAGACAACGCCGAGGAAGAGCUGGACGUGUUAAACCCGGAAUCUGCUUUUGCUUGUACACAUGUCACAGAUUUAAGAAACUUAUGCGCCCUUAUCAGGUUCCUGAAAUGCUUCGGAUGCCAUUAGUGGAAUUGUGUUUGCAAAUUAAGAUACUUUCUCUGGGUCAUAUAAAGCCAUUUUUAUCCAAGGCUUUGGAACCUCCUAGGGAUGAGGCCAUGACAUCUGCAAUUUCAUUGCUAUAUGAGGUUGGAGCUAUAGAAGGUGAUGAAGAGUUGACCCCUCUUGGACAUCAUUUGGCAAAGCUUCCUGUUGAUUUACUGAUUGGGAAGAUGAUGCUAUAUGGUGCAAUAUUUGGUUGCUUAUCACCUAUUCUCUCAAUCUCUGCAUUUCUAAGCUACAAGUCACCUUUUAUGUACCCUAAAGAUGAGAAGCAAAAUGUUGAGAGAGCAAAGCUGGCUCUGUUGACUGAUAAGGUAGAUGGCUCUAACGAUUUAAACCACGGUGACAGGCAAUCUGACCACAUCAUAAUGAUGGUUGCUUACAAGAAAUGGGAUAACAUAUUGCACGAGAAGGGAGUCAAAGCUGCACAACAAUUUUGCAGUACCUAUUUUUUGAGCAAUUCAGUUAUGCACAUGAUAAGAGACAUGAGGAUACAAUUUGGAACACUGCUAGCAGACAUAGGGUUUAUCAAUCUGCCGCAGAAUUAUCAGAUUCUAGGAAGAAAUAAAGAGAAGUUUGAUGGUUGGUUGUCUGACAAAUCGCAGCCCUUCAACACAUAUUCACAUCAUUCUUCAAUUGUGAAGGCAAUUUUAUGUGCAGGUCUGUACCCGAAUGUGGCUGCCACUCAACAAGGCAUUAUUGCAACAGCUAUCAACAGCCUCAAGCAGUCUACUAUUCCUGCGAUAAAGGGUUAUCCAGUCUGGUACGAUGGAAGAAGAGAGGUUCACAUACACCCAUCCUCGAUCAACAGUAAAGUAAAAGCAUUUCAGCACCCAUUCCUCGUCUUCCUUGAAAAGGUUGAGACCAAUAAAGUAUUUCUGCGAGAUACUACUAUCAUAUCUCCCUUCUCAAUCCUGCUGUUUGGUGGCUUCAUUAAUGUUCAGCAUCAGACAGGACUGGUCACUGUAGAUGGAUGGCUAAAGCUAACAGCUCCUGCCCAAUAUGCUGUCUUGUUCAAGGAGUUCCGAUCAGCUAUGCAUUCUCUCUUGAAGGAGCUUGUUCAAAAGCCGAAGAAUGCAGCCAUUGUUGAUAAUGAGGUCAUCAAAUCUAUGAUCCAGCUGCUUUUAGAUGAAGACAAACCCUCAAAAUGAGUUGCAGAUAUGGUUGGAUGAGGAACAUAUUGAUGCAGGGGCAUGUUCCUCUCGACUCACGAUCCUAUUGUUCACUAUAAGAGAGGGAGAAAAGAUGGGUGGCAUCUCUACCUAUCCAUUUCCUGCUUUUGUAAAAAAGCUAGCCCUUGUCAAGGAGUUAAAUGCUCAGCAUACCAGAACUCACUAAAACUGGCCACAAUGUGACUGGAGUUGAUCUGUCUUUGAUGGCCAGUUAUCUCAGCAUAUAUAUCAUGCCUAUGUCUUAAAUAUCUUCCCAGUUCCAAGCUUUAAAGGUCGCAAUUGGACGUGCAAUUUAGUCAUGAGGAAGCAUUGACAGGCUAAUCGAGUGGUGUCUGUUAAUUACUGGGAAUCACCUACUGUAUAUUAUACUGAGAAAUCAUCCUAGCGGCAUUGACUGGGUGGAAGACUUGACAAGGUGUCCUGUACUCAAUAGAAGUGCUCCUACCACCUUCCGUGGUGUUAAAGGAAAAAUAUUUAUGAAAUGAUGUGGCAAUAUCAACUUAGAAUAUUGGCUGCUAAUAAUGUUGACCGUUCUGCUUAUGAUUGAGUUCCGCAAUCAAACAUUACUAUUUGAUCAUUUUGAACGGAGAAAAAUGAUAAAAGAGACAGGGCCAAGCAAUUCCAAUAUUCAGCAUGAAGAGAGUUUAUUGUCAACAUGUACAUGAAAAAUUGGAGAACUAAUACCUUUGUGUAGCAGAGAUGACAUGUUUAUAAAUAUAGCAGGGAUAACACUCUAAACUACAGCAUUUAUAUCAUUAGAUGCACGAAUUUUUGCUA